AUGGCACCAAACAAAGGAAAGCAGAAAGUUGAAGAGGUUGACACAGGGAUCCUAGAUGACAUCCCUACUCCAAUCACGACUUUUGAUAUGAGAAAGCCAAAAAAGUUUGCUAAAAGAUAUAAGAAGUGUGUUGAAGACAUUCGUGCAGCUAUGGACAAAGACACCACUGUGAAAUUUACUUUUGUCAUGGCUGGAGGAAAUGAAGUGGUUGUCCCUGUGACUCCUGAUGAUAAAACAAGGCAGGGAACUUGUGUCAUUAGACUUAUAGAUGGUACUAAAAAUCUUGAUCUAGUGGCUGAUAAGUACCAGAGCUGGUUUAGAGGGAUAGUCACUAGUGGCGGGCAAAUAUAUGAGGUAGAUGAGAAGCUACCUAAGAUCAUGAAGAAGUCUAUGUCACUUUAUACUAGUGGAAUUUACCCCAAGUUAAUCGAUUGUGAUCUACCCGAUCUAGAAGUGGGGUAUCAGCAAUUUCUCAAUGCAUUUCACACCUUAGCUGGAUAUAGAGGGGAUGUGAAAGACAGCAAGCAGGUGAAGGAGGCAAUCGCCAUUCUCCUUAUCAUAUUCUUCGAAGGCCCUCGGCUUCUUCCCGUGGAAGAGUGGAUGGAGGAUUUGUUGCGUCGGUGUUCCUCCGGAAAGGUUGGUAAGAUAUUUGAGAAGUUGAUCAGUGAUUGGUGUAACGACUGUUGA